AUGUCUGAUGAACCACGCCGCUCAGGUCGCGCGACCAAGGGUACACACAGCAGCGCGAAGGCCUCCUCGUCACCCGCCCCAACGCUGCCAAAGGGCGCCAAGACCACCAAGUCGAAGGGGAAGAAGGCCGCGCAGAAGGCAGAGGAUGACGAAGGGGACAACGAGGAAGGCGAAAUUCGUUGCAUAUGCGGCGACACGGAUGCGAAGAGUACAUGGGAAUUCAUUGGUUGUGAAGCCUGUCUGAGCUGGCAGCACAAUGUCUGUAUGGGAGAGCCUCCGGAGGGAGAUCCUAAGCUUCCCGAGCACUACUUCUGCGAGGAGUGCAGGCCGGAGGAGCACAAAGAGACCUUGGCUGCGCUCGCCAAGGGCGAAAAGAUCUGGGAGACCCGGCAGACGCAGUUCAAGCAAUGGAGAAAGAUGUCUGCCAGUCGGAGGAAGGGGAAGGCUAAGGACGGCGAGGAAGUGAAGCCGAAGUACCUCAAGGCAGAGUACACAGAUGGCGAGGUAGUGGAGCCAGCCGAGACAGAGGCUGGAGCAAGCGACUCGCAAGAGGCUGGGACGAAGCGGAAACUGGAAGAAAUCGUGCCAGAGGAAGAUGCUUCCGAGGAGCAGCCGGUGGUAUCUUCGAGACGAGCAGACAAACGGCGUAAGUCUUCGCAAGCUACAAGCAAAGCCAUUGUCGACGCGGAGACGGCUGUUGUAGAGAUUGAUCAGCUGCCCAACGACCGCAAGAAGAUCGCUCAGGCUCUCAGUGACGUCCUAUCUACGGAUAUCGGCGAGCGCGCGAAAGCAGGCUACCGCAUCCCGGAUGGUCAAACGGCGAAGUCAAUCGGCGAGCGUCACGCAAGUCUGAUCGAAUACGCACUGUACCAAAACCAUGGCGGGCCGCAGGAGGAGAAGUACAAGGCGCAGUUCCGCGCCUUGCACGCUAACCUUAAGCGAAACAGAGUACUCGUGGAGCGCCUGCUGGAAGACUCGCUGACUGCCGACGAGCUGGCGACCAUGGAAAGCAAAGACAUGGCUUCUGAGGAGCAGCAGCUAGAACGGAAGCGAAUGAAGGAGGAGUUGGAUCGGCAAGCCGUCGCCAUUCAAGAAGAGGGCCCACGCUUCAGACAAGAUCACAAGGGUGUGGAGAAGAUUGAAGAGGAUCGGGUGGCUGCAAGCGAGUUUGCCGCCAAUAUUCAGCCUGUGCGGGAAAGAACAAGCAUCGCCGAAGACGGUAGUGAUGUGCCGAUGAACGUGGAUGGUCAGCAAGACAGCAACGCGAGAACUGCGACAGAGGCAGGCCCAGGCUUGGAUCGAAGAGAGUCAAGCCAGGCCAACUUUGACAUCAAUAACAUUUGGCAGAAGACUACGGGCUCCGCGCAGUCACCGACUACGGCUGCAGGUCGGAGACCCAUGCAAAUUCCACCUCGUCGGCGCAGCUCGAUGCAGAUACAGGCGGAAGCAUCAAAUGACGGAGCUAAAGAUGAUCCGGACGUCGACCGCCUGUUACAAGAUGAUGACGAGCAGUAUGAACCAUCCGACCUCACCGACGGCGUCGUCUGGCGCGGUAAGCUUGUGCACGCGGGAGAAGGUGAGCCGGUGGUAAAUGCACGCUGGGUGGCGGGAAGAGAUAUGUCGUCGACCGCUCCCUGGCGCCAGAUGCUCCCAUCGAAGCUUACGGUUGACGGUAGGUUGGCCGUGCCCAAAGCGGAGGAGUACCUUUGCGGACUGCAAUGGAGCCAGACUAGUGACGUGUCAGUGCUUGCACUCAGCGCUUACGACGACAUUGAGGCUUUCAACCGAGUGUUCAUGUACUUUUCCAGCCGCCAGCGCUACGCGGUCAUCAAUAAGGACAAGCCGCCCCUCGUCAAGGAUCUGUACGUCAUCCCGGUGGAGAAGGGUAAAGGGUUGCCGGAGCACGUCAACAUGCUGGAGCACUGCACGCUCAAGUCACCAGCGGAGGAGAGGAUGCUGCUCGCAACUUUCGUCAUUGCGAGGGCUAUGCCUCCCGCGGUGGACACGGCUGUGCAGCCGCAGCAACAGCAAACGGCGUCAGUCUCGAACGGUGGACCACAACAUCUUCCGCAACAUGUACGCGCGGGCGGACCUGGACCGGCCGGCUCACCUCUCAACCAAAACAAUCCCACUUUCUCACCGAGCCAGCAACACCACCCCGCCAUGCCGACGGCCGGGUACGGCGCGCCUGUCGGACAACAGCCUGGUGCUGCUUUCCCACCAAAUCCAUACGAGCAGCAAACUCCACAGCAACAGCAGCAGCAGGCUCCGCUCGCCUUCCCGCUAUCAAACCAACCGCAGCUCCCGCCAAAUGGGAACCCGCUUAUCGCGGAGAUACUGGGGCCGAGACUGAUGGACCCGACGGCACAGCAGAUCAUCCAGGCGGAUCCGAAUGUGGACGCUGCUAAGCUGCACAAUUUGCGGAGUAUUCUGGAUGAGGAUGUGAAUGCUAGGACGGAUUUGGCGGCGCUUGCUGUGAGGUUGAAUGCUAGUGGGACCCAAGCUGGUGUCGUUGUCGUCGCUUCCGUCGUUUCUGCUGCCUCAGGCGAAUAUGUGGCCCCACUACUUAAACUCCCCCACACUCUUGUGCUCUGUAUGUCUGCCCAACAGACCGCGGACGCGGUGAAGGAUGCGGUGCAAAAUGUGGCAGACAAGGUGCAAGAAAUGACGACGGCGGACGGCGCGCCUACUGCGAACCAACUGCUGGAUGAGGAAACGGGCGAAUACGUGUCCAAGACGGAACUGAAGAAGCGGCAGAAGCAACGAGAGAAGGAGAAGCAGAAGGCGGAACGGGAGGCCACGAGACAGCCCCCUCCAGCGCCCAAGCGCAAGGCUGGACCGGUUGAAGAAGACCUGAAUCCUAAUCAAUACUUCGAGAUCCGCUCCCGGGCCAUCAAGCGCAUGAAGGAAGAUGGGUCAAUGAACCCGUUCCCCCACAAGUUCGAGGAAAACUAUGAGCUUCCCAAUUUCGAGAAGGAGUUUGGCCACCUCAAAAAGGGCGAGACGAAGAAGGAGAUCACCGUGAAGGUCAUCUGCCGGGUGUACAACAUCCGAACGUCGGGCGAGAACCUACGCUUCUAUGAGGUCGAGGCAGAUGGAGCGCAAGUGCAAAUUAUGGCUACGAAUAUGGAGAACACCAGCGAGAAGCCAUUCGCCGAUCAGCAUGAUCCUGUCCGAAGAGGAGACUGGUUGGGUGUGAUUGGCUUUCCUGGACGCACCAGCCCGAAGAGAGAAGACAAUCCCGGCGAGCUGUCCAUCUUCGCACAGGAAGUCAUUGUGCUCUCUCCUUGUCUACACCAGAUACCCUCCGAGCACUACGGCUUCCGCGAUCAGGAAGAGCGACACCGAAACCGACAUCUCGAUCUCAUAAUGAACAAGCGCACCGUGGAUACCUUCAUCAAGCGUACCAAGAUCAUUCGAUAUGUUCGGAACUACUUGGACAGCAACGGCUUCCUAGAAAUGGAGACACCCAUCCUCAUGAAGAACGCCGGAGGUGCGACGGCCAAGCCGUUCAUGACCCACCACAACGACCUCAACAUGAUGUUAGCAUUACGCAUUGCCACCGAGCUGCCGCUCAAGAUGCUGAUCGUAGGCGGCUUCCGCAAAGUCUACGAAGUCGGCCGUCUCUUCCGCAACGAAGGCAUCGAUCUCACGCACAACCCCGAAUUCACCACCUGCGAAUUCUACGAGCGAGGCGCCGACCUCUACGAUACCAUGAACCGGACCGAAGAGCUCGUCGAGGGCAUGGUGAAGGAGAUUUGCGGGUCGAAUAAAACCACUUUCAUCACGCAGCAUGGCGAGACGUACAACGUCGACUGGUCACGGCCAUGGAAGAGGAUAGAGAUGAUGCCCGCACUUGAAGAAGCCUGCGGUGAAGCCUUCCCUCCUGGCGACCAACUGCACACGGAGGAAACCAACGCCUUCCUCAAGCGCAUGCUGGCCAAGACGGGCGUAGACUGUACACCACCCCUCACCAACUCCCGCAUGAUCGACAAGCUGGUGGGCGAGUUCAUCGAAGAGAAAUGCGUCAACCCCACCUUCAUCACCGGCCACCCGCAAAUGAUGUCGCCGCUAGCCAAAUACCACCGUUCCCUACCCGGCAUCUGCGAGCGCGCCGAAGCCUUCGUCUGCAAGAAGGAGAUCGCGAACAUGUACACCGAGUUGAACGACCCCUUCGACCAGCGUCUCCGCUUCGAAGAGCAAGCGCGGCAGAAGGCGCAAGGGGACGACGAGGCGCAGGUGCUGGAUGAAGGGUUUUUGACGGCCAUGGAGUACGGGUUGCCGCCGACGGGGGGUUGGGGGAUGGGGAUUGAUCGCAUGGUGAUGUUCUUGACGAAUAAUUACUCGAUCAAGGAGGUUUUGACGUUUCCGUUUAUGAAGGAUGAGAAUGUCGCGCCUCGGCCGAAGGCGGCGGAGGUGGCGGAUGUGGAGGCUAUGCCCGUGGAAGAGGUGGGGCAUAAGUGAGGGUCGUGCUGUUGAAGAGUGCAUGGCGUGGCGGCAGCAAGGGAAGGUUCAAACUUUUCGUGGCUAAGAGAAUAGUCGUGCUGGUUUAUAUCAGUCCCGCUAAAUGCUCGAAACAUCCACCCACCCGCAUUCCCAUGUAGAGCUGUA